UCGAGGUUGCAGAGUGACAGUUGUAAAACAUCGAAUUUAAUAUGAAGACCGUCGCUUUGAUCAUCGCUGCCUUUGUAGCCCUUGCCGGUGCUUCUUGCCCGAGUGCUGGGUACUCGGCUCCUGGCUAUCCGGCUCCCGCCUGCCCCACCAAUUACCUGUUCAGCUGCCAGCCCAACCUCGCGCCCGUUCCAUGUGCCCAGGAGGCCCCUGCCCCUGCCUACGGAUCCGCAGGCGCCUACACGGAGCAGAUUCCCUUCUACGUGGGAAAGCCCAACCAGGAGCAGCUGCAGCGCUUCCACCAGAGGAUAGGAAUGGCGGCGCUCAUGGAGGAGCUGCGCAGCUUGGGCCAAGGCCAGGGUCAGCUGUACUAGAGGCGGGAUAUUCUAAGGAUUACGGCUUUGAAAAAACGUAUUAAUAAAACGGAUUUAAAAAACCAACAACAUUUUG